AUGGCCACGGCCAGGCCUCCCGGGCGCGGCUGCGGAGCCCUGCCCCGGUGGCUGCUCGGUGCUGCGCUGCUGCUGGGCCUGCGGCUCUGCAUGGAGUUGCACCGCGCGGGCUCCGGAUCCCCGGGCCGCAGCGAUCCCCCGGGGCCGCCCCGGCCGCACCUGCUGCCGGCACCCGGCCCUCCUCGCGGCGCCAGAAGGAGGCAGGUGACCUACGUGCGCAGCGGGCGCCGUGCAUUGCCCCGGGGUGGCGGGAGCACGACGCUGGAGCCGAGCUGUUGCACCCCACGCGAGCUUCCCCGCAGGAAGGGUCCCCGGUGGCAUAUAGAGCUCCAGCCUUGGGCAGGCCCUGAUCAGUCCCUGGAUGAAGAAGCCUCGAGGUUCUUGAGCUACAUCAGCACCACUCAGAUUGCAUGCGAUCACAUGGGUACAGACAGCUUGGCUACUGACUCCAGCCCUGCAACGAAGCCCUGGCUGGUGUGUCUUGAUGACAGGUUUGGCUUAGCUCAUCAAAUCCACAGCAAGCAGUGCCGCCUCUACUCCUUAGGGCUGGGCAAUGAUGACACACACUUUGAGGUGCGCAUGGCCAAGGACGGAUGUGAAGUACAUCGUUUCGACCCUAGCGUCAAAGCAGCCCACGUUCUGGAGAGCCGGCGCCUCUGGCAUCACCGAUUGGCCAUUGACUGGCGGGAUCCACAUCCAGCUGUGGCUGCUCAAAAGCUACAUAGCAACACCAGAAAACUGGGCAGCAUUUUGAAUGAAUUUGGGCAUCACAAGAUUGAUAUUCUCAAGGCAGAUUUGGAAAGUGCGGAAUGGAAAGUUCUAGAAAAUCUCAUUCUGGAAGAUGUCCUUGAACAGAUCGGCCAGCUCAUCUUUGAGAUUCAUCUCCACUGGCCUGGCUUUGAGGUCAGCGGCAGCGAGAGCAGCGUGGUGCGGUUCUGGUACAGCCUCCUGAAGGAGUUGGAGCGGAAGGAUUUCAGGCUCUUCCACACCUAUAAAGACUUAUCGAAGCCUCAGCUUUUCCUGAAGAAAGACAUUUUCAAUGCCAGCAGCUGUUACACCCUGAGUUGGGUGAAUACAAGAUGGAAGUAGGAACGUACAUACAAGAAAUGAUCACAGACAGAGGCGUCGGUGCUUCCGGUCGUGGAGCUAGGUCUCCGCUUCCACCAGCCUGUUACUGCUCAGGGCAGGAACUGUCUGCAGUACACGAAGUCUUGAGCUGGACAAGCGACAGCCGCCCGGAUGAACACUCUACUUUCCCAGACUGAGACUUCUGCGUGUUUGCCUUUGACAGAUGGGGCGUGCCCUCUUCACUCUCUCUCGGAGGGUAGAAAUACCCCGCCGGUGCCGGCUGCCCGUUUCCUUAAGACUCAUUAUGUGUCUAUAGCUCACGCAUUUACAUUAAAAUGAAAUUUUAUUAAUUUCGACGUUUACUAGGUUGAUCAGAUCUUAAAAUUCACUGUUCAUUUUAAACUGGGACACUCACCUCCUUCAAGGUUUCUCUUGCCCAGCCAGGCAAAGCUGUGCUUUGCAGCCUGUGGAUUUCAGCCAGUCCUUCUCAGCCUUUGCUGAGCCCAUGCUCUGGCUUCCCCAGAACUGCUGAUUCCAGUUCCUGGGAAUUUAGAGACACCAACUUCUGUCAGAGAACGUCAAGAACUUCAGUUCAAAAUUCUUUUUGUACUCAGCCUUAAACACUCAUAUUUCCUACGAGACGAAGCCCAAAGCAGAGGCUGAGUGUUUUUGUUACUGCCUUGCCCGCCUUCAAACAUGACUUCCGUACCACAGACUCAACUGUGCUGUCAAAUCCUCUGAAAUACACUAUCUUAGGGCUGAGGAGAUGGCUCGGUUAGGAGAGUGACUGCCACACAAGCCUGAGAGCCGGAGUUUGCAUCCCCUGUACCUAAUGCCAGGUGCCAGGCAUGCCUCUGUAACCCCAGGGCUGGACGAGGGUGGGCUGGAGACCGGCUGGGGCUCACUGGCCAGGCUAGCCUGGCUGAAUCAAUGCGUUUCCGGUUCAGUGAGAGACCCUGUCUCAAAAGAUAAAUUGUAAGCUGGGCGUGGUGGCGCACACCUUUAAUCCCAGCACUGAGGAGGCAGAAGCAGGUGGAUCUCUGUGAGUUCAAGGCCAGCCUGGUUUACACAGUGAGUUCCAGGACAGUCUGAACUACAUCGUGAGAUCUUGUCUGAGAAAAAAAAAAACAAAA